ACAUUUAAAAAAGAAACAUCCAUAAAAAAAGUAAUGCAUUAAAAAAAAACCGGAGGGAGUAUCAUUAUUUUCACUACAGGAGGAUCACUAAUUCACUACACAACUCAUACCAUAUUAAAGCACCAAAACAAAACUCUUUUUUCUCUCUCCUCUUUCUCCUUGUUCUUGUUCUUGUUCUGUAAGAUUUUGGGUGUGGGCAGUAGCAGCAGCAGCAGCAACAGCAACAACAGAGGAGAGAGAAAGUAAUGCACAACAAUUAGUAGUAGUAGUGAAGACCAAGGAAAGUGCUACUACUGGUAGUUGUCUUUGCAGUUACUCUCAUCAACAACUUCAACUACAACUGAUUUUCCUUUCCUUCUUUUUCCUUUUCCCUUUCCCUUUCCUAAGCAUUCCUCUUCAAUCUUUCUCAAUCAUCCUUUUCCCACUGUGCCGUCUCAAUUUUGUUGCUGCAUCCUUUUCCUGAUUACCCCUCAUUCUGUUUGCUUCAUCUGGGUCAUCUCUAAUCAGUUCUAAUUACUUACCUGCUUCCGAAUCCAAGCCGAUUUCAUACGGUUGAUUGAUGAUGGAAGGCGGCGGCGGAGGCGGUGGAGGUGGAGAAGAAUGUUGUGUUAAAGUAGCUGUUCAUAUUAGACCAUUAAUUGGUGAUGAAAAGCUUCAAGGAUGUAAGGAUUGUGUUACUGUUGUUCGUGGCAAACCUCAGGUGCAAAUCGGGACACAUUCCUUUACAUUUGAUCAUGUCUAUGGGAGUUCUGCUUCUCCAUCUUCCUCUAUGUUUGAAGAAUGUGCUGCUCCACUUGUUGAUGGUUUAUUCCAGGGAUACAAUGCAACGGUCCUUGCCUAUGGUCAAACAGGGUCAGGGAAAACCUACACCAUGGGUACAGCAUUUCGCGAAGGUGGACAUACAGGAAUAAUCCCUCAAGUUAUGAAUGCAUUAUAUAGCAAAAUUGAAAAGUUGAAAAAUGAAACUGAAUUCCAGUUGCACGUUUCUUUCAUCGAGAUUCAUAAAGAGGAAGUGCGAGAUUUACUGGAUUCCUUCCUAUCAACGAAAUCAGAAACUGCUAAUGCCGGGAAAGUAAAUAUACCUGGAAAACCACCAAUACAGAUCCGUGAAUCAUCUAAUGGUGUUAUUACUCUAGCGGGAUCUACAGAAGUAGAGGUCAGGUCUUUGAAGGAAAUGGCAGCAUGCCUUGAACAAGGAUCACUUUGCCGGGCUACCGGGAGCACAAACAUGAACAACCAAUCUAGUCGUUCUCAUGCUAUCUUCACCAUAACACUAGAGCAAAUGCGCAAGCUAAGUCAUACUGAUCCUGAAGAUGCUAAUGUCAAUGAAAGCAUGAACGAAGAAUACCUAUCAGCUAAAUUACACUUGGUAGAUCUGGCUGGGUCUGAGCGUGCAAAAAGAACAGGUUCAGAUGGCAUGCGUUUUAAAGAAGGAGUUCAUAUUAACAAGGGUCUUCUUGCACUUGGAAAUGUCAUCAGUGCCCUUGGUGAUGAGAAAAAGAGGAAAGAAGGUGUACAUGUACCCUAUCGAGACAGUAAACUGACUCGAUUAUUGCAGGAUUCUCUUGGUGGCAACAGCAGGACUGUGAUGAUUGCUUGCAUCAGUCCGGCUGAUAUCAAUGCUGAAGAGACGCUUAACACACUCAAGUAUGCAAACCGUGCCCGUAACAUUCAAAAUAAGCCAGUGAUCAAUAGAGAUCCAAUAUCCAGUGAGAUGAUUAAGAUGCGGCAACAGCUUGAGUAUUUACAAGCAGAACUUUGUGCCAGAGGUGGAGGGACAUCUUCGGAUGAUGUACAGGCCUUGAAAGAGAGGAUUUCUUGGCUGGAGUCAACUAAUGAAGAUCUGCGGCGAGAGCUUAAUAAAUACCGCAGUGGAUAUAAUGUUGAUGAUCAGGGUGAUACUUUGUGCCAGAGUGGAGAAAUCGGUUCAGUGAAGAAUGAGGGGCAUAAGAGGCGCCAGAGUAUGGAUACAUCUGAUUAUGCAAUGGGUGAAAUCGUUAUGGGUGAUUCCAAGGAUAUGGACGAAGAAUCUGCAAAGGAAUGGGAGCAUAAGGUUCUUCAGACCACUAUGGACAAAGAAUUAAGUGAGUUGAAUAAACGUCUGCAGCAAAAAGAGUCCGAAAUGAAGCUUUUUGGAGAAGCAGAUACUGAGACUCUUAAGCAGCAUUUUGGAAAAAAAUUAAUGGAACUUGAGGAUGAAAAAAGAGCUGUCCAGCAAGAACGAGACCGGCUUUCAGCUGAAAUAGAAAACCUUGCCGCUUCUUCUGAUGGUCAAACACAGAAAUUGCAAGAUGUUCAUUCUCAGAAAUUGAAGGCACUUGAGGCUCAGAUCUUGGAUCUUAAGAAGAAACAAGAGAACCAAGUUCAGCUGUUGAAACAAAAACAAAAAAGUGAAGAAGCAGCAAAACGUUUGCAAGAAGAAAUACAAUUCAUAAAGGCGCAGAAGGUUCAAUUGCAACAUAAAAUUAAGCAAGAGGCAGAACAAUUUCGAUUAUGGAAGGCUUCUAGGGAGAAGGAGCUUUUACAGCUACGUAAGGAGGGUAGGAGGAAUGAAUACGAGAGGCACAAGCUACAAGCUCUAAAUCAGCGUCAGAAACAGGUUCUCCAAAGAAAAACAGAAGAGGCUGCCAUGGCUACCAAGAGACUGAAGGAGUUGCUUGAAGCUCGUAAAUCUUCAGCACGUGAUAGCUCAGUUCUUGCUAAUGGCAAUGGAACAAAUGGACAGACCAACGAGAAAACAUUGCAACGCUGGCUUGAUCACGAGCUAGAAGUCAUGGUAAACGUCCAUGAAGUGCGUUAUGAGUACGAGAAACAAACUCAAGUACGUACUGCACUUGCUGAAGAGCUGUCUGUGUUGAAACAACUAGAAGAGCUUUCUUCAAAGGGAUUAAGCACUCCUAAAGGAAAGAAUGGUUUCUCAAGGUUAUCCUCGUUGUCACCAAAUGCGAGAAUGGCGAGAAUUGCAUCUCUGGAAAAUAUGCUGAGCAUAUCAUCAAAUUCACUAGUGGCCAUGGCUUCACAACUUUCAGAAGCAGAAGAGAGAGAACGUGGUGUUAGUAGUCGUGGUCGUUGGAAUCAGUUGCGCUUAAUGGGAGAUGCCAAGUGUUUGCUACAAUAUAUGUUCAAUUCUCUUGCAGAUACAAGAUGUCAUUUAUACGACAAGGAAACUGAAAUGAAGGAAAUGAAGGAGCAGCUGAAAGAACUGGUUGGUCUCUUGAGGCAGAGUGAAACACGGAGAAAAGAGGUGGAGAAGGAGCUCAAAUUGAGAGAGCAAUCAGCUGCCGUUGCCCUUGCCACAUCUGCAUCGAAUAAUUCACCCGGAUCACUAAAAAACACACUUUACGACAUGAGUGACCCAUUAUCUCCAAUAGCUGCACCUGCACAAAAGCAGCUGAAGUAUUCUCCUGGUAUUGCUAAUGGACAAGUCAGGGAAGCAACAGCAUAUAUUGAUCCGAAAAAGAUGGUGCCACUUGGACAGUUGUCAAUGAAGAAAUUAGCAGUUGCAGGACAGUCUAGUAAGCUAUGGAGAUGGAAGAGGAGUCAUCGCCAGUGGAUUUUACAGUUUAAAUGGAAAUGGCAAAAACCAUGGAAAUUGUCAGAAUGGAUUAAGCAUUGCGAUGAGACAAUCGUGAAGACAAGGCCUCGGCCACAGGCGUUGAAAGAUACGAUUUAACUUUCUUCAUGAGGUGCUUUUGUAUGAUUUGACCUCCACGUACAUCCACGCAUACGUCAGAGUUAGACUAGCAAUACCUAUGUAGAUUAGAAGAAUGCUAUAUACAGUGGCCCAUUAUGUAUUUUAAUGUAUGUCUUGGAGAAAGUUGGUAUGCUGGUGAAUUGGAUGCAUUGGUCUUCAAUUCUUCAGAAGUGAUUUGUUUGGCUCAAGGGAGCAUCUUGUAAAGCUGUAAUGAUGCUACCAGUUGUAUGCCAAAGCAGUCAGGGAAGAGCACAGAACUCUAAUACUAAGUUGUCUUGUUCCAUCUGACGGCUUCUAACGCUCGUUUCUUAAGGUUUUCCUUUGUGAAUAAGGAUUUCUUUGAUAAUUGAUAGGACAUGUAAUGGGGAUGAAGGGUGGUUUUUAUUUCCCUUUAUUGUUGUGGUUUUGGUCUUUAGGCUGUCUGUUAUAGUCUACAGUGUGUGUAAUCACAGGAUUAAUUUUGUUAAUAUAUUGAAAAGUUAGGACUUUGUAUUAGAGUGAUUGAUUAACUGUAAUAGACUUUUCAUGUUUGAUGUAUGUAACACAUUAAUGAUUGAUUAUAUUAGAAGUGAUUGAUUACA